AUGUUGAACAAACAGCCACCAAGUGGAUCACAUGCAACUCCUUCGAGAACUCCUUCUUGGUUCUACAAACAAAUGGACUUUCUGGACAAGCACAUUAAACAGCGACAGUAUUCUAUGAUGCUAAAAUUUUGUUUAAAGAAUUUGAUUAUUGACAUUAAUAUUACCAUUAUAUUCAUCAGGCGACAAUCAAACUGUGGCGAUACCAGUGAUGUAUCAACAGCUGAAUGUGCAAGUGUUGUACGGAAGGAAAUGCCACAUGAGGUGAUUGAAGACAUUGAAACAGCACCUGAAGGUUUCCAGCCUGACGAAAUAGAAACGUUCUGCAUUUCUGAAGAGUAUGCGCAGAACUCAGCAGCGCCCGAUGAUGAAGAUGAUGAUUGGAUGAAUGACAUGUCCACUAUCAAUAGUACAACAGGUGAUACCAAUUCCACGGCGUCCGCUAGCAAUGUUGCAGAUUUUGAUCGUGAUGUCUUCAAGACGCCAUCUCCAGCUUGUAAUAAGAAUUCGACAUCAUCAGGAAAUGGUGUUACACAUGGAUUUUCCGAAAUUGCCAGCCCGUCAGGGGAAAAACCAUUUAGAAAAAAACGCAAGCUAGAAGACGGUGAUGCAGCUUUGCAACAGUCAAUGGUGAACACUCUUGAUGCCUUGUCGAGCAGUUUGAGGAACAAAACCAAAAGCGUACAAGAGGAUGAAAGGUCGAAAACGCGUAAUAAUGAUCCAGUUUACGACGAAUUGUUGCAAUACUGCAGCAAUUUUGCCAGGCGUUUAGCCGAUAUUCCAAAUGAGAAGUCCCGUGAAAGAAUUAGACACGCAAUGGAAAUGGCCAUGUUUGAACAUAAGUUUAAAUGA